AUGAAACUUGAAAUUCUGACUAUUUUUGUUAAAAUUUUAAUAAUUUGUUCAUUAUGUGUAAAAUGUGAUGAGUACAACUGUCCUGAAGAAAGUCAGAAGAAAAUCUUUUGUUACUACAAAACUACAAAUCAUGAAUUAUUGAACGAAGUGACUCAUCAAAGUCCAUCCUCAAUUUUCCAUCAUAACAAACCACCUUGUAGCCACAUAAUCUAUGCAUUUGCUGGUUUAGACAUGAAUGGGGAGAUCGUGUUACCUCACAAGAAAGUUAAUCAAGAUUUUCAUGACUUAAUGAAGCUAAAAGAAAAAGAUCCAUGCUUAAAGAUUCUAAUUUCGGUUGGCGGUUGGGAUGAAGGAAGUGAGAAAUUCUCAAGUUUAGUUGAAACUGAAGAUUCUGUUGAAAAUUUUGCUGAAAAGACUUUGAGGUUUCUGAUUUUUUACGGAUUUGAUGGGAUCGAUAUUCAUUGGAUGUAUCCUACAAUGCGUGGCGGAAUCAAAGACGAUCGACAAAACUUCGUCAAACUCAUAAAAGCUCUCAAGUCAAAGCUCUCAAGACGAAAUAAACUUGUUGUUGCAGCCAUCGGAACGAAAAUUUCUCACAUAAUUGAAGCUUACUCUCCGAUGAAGGAGCUUUGCGACUCCCUAGAUUAUGCAAUUCUAAUGACAUAUGACUACUUUGAUCGAUCAAAAACAUCAAUUGGAGCUCCACUAGUCAAUGAUGAUCAUCACAUCUAUAAAGAAACUUUGGCUGAAAAUGUUCAAAGAAUUUUAUCGGAAAACUGCAGACCAGAGAAAUUAAUUUUUGGAAUUUCAACUUAUGGAAAAGUUUUCAAGCUGAAAAGAUCGACCAGAACAGGUAUUGGUGCUGAUUUGAGUGAUGAAGAUGUGGAUGUGAAUGAGCAGUUUGUUGAGUAUAAUAAGAUUUGCACAGCUUUAAAAAAGAAUUUAUCAAUAUCAAGCAGCCACAAUGACAAAACUGUAAAAUGGACAACCAAAUUGCUUCCAAGAAGUCACUCAAAAUAUGCUUAUCAUGACAGAACUUGGGUGUCUUAUGAUGACCACGAAGCUAUUGAGAUCAAGACAUUUUAUGCACUCAAAAAGAACCUCGGUGGUGUCAUGUUCUACACUCUAAAUGGCGACAGCUUCAAUGAAGACUGCAAAGUUUACUUUCCACUCAUAGCAAGAGCCAAAAAGCUAAUUGAAGAAUUCACAACGCAAUGCAAAAAUUCACAUGCAGAAGCUUGUCUAAAGAAGAUUGAACAGGAACACAACCUUCAUUUGAAUAUUUAGUAAGCUUUAAAAGUAUAAUUGUUAAUUACUAUUUAAGGUUUAUUGUUUAAGGAUGUAAGAUAUAUGUUUAAGUUUAUGGAUGCAAAAUAUAAUUUUUUUAUUACUAAAGUCAAGAUUUUAGUUCAUUUAUACAAGACAAUUUAUGCUUAAUUUCCUGGAGAUUCUGUUGCAGGUGCUUCAGUCUCUGGUGCGUCUGUCUCUGGAGCUUCGGUCUCUGGAGCGUCAGUUUCUGGAGCUUCUGUUUCAGGUGCCUCAGUUUCAGGAGCUUCAGUCUCUGGAGAUUCUGUUGGAGCCUCAGUUUCUGGGUUUACAGUUGUUGGUGAACGUGUUGAACGAGAUGGUCUGGUUGGCCACCAAGGUGGAAGAUGUGGAGGUCUAUGAGAUGGACGAUGUGGUCUUUGUGGUCUACGCUCAUCAGAUUCUUCACUUGAGCUACCUGGAUGAUGAUGAUGAUUAGGAUGGCGUGGUCCUUUUAGAUGUUCAAAUCCUACUGGUCCAUCAUGGCUAUCUAGUUGAAAGCCUGGAUGUGAUGGUGGUGUUGGGGGUUGUUGUUGUUGUGCCUGAGCAAUGUAGGCUAAAGAUAAUACGACGAAGAUUAUUGAAAGUUUUGACAUUUUAAAUACUUUUUCGGGAUUUGACGGAUCAAUUGAACUAUUCAACUAGAAUGUCAGUUGAAUUAUGG